CCUCCUCUCACAAGUCACAAACUCACAACUCACAAACCGCAGGCCGCACGAAACGUCGGAUCCACGGCCGCCCGCCUCCUCUUCCUCCCAGAUGGCGGCGGCCUCGCCGGAGAAGAGGCCUCCUCGCUCGCUCUUCGACCUCCCCUCUGACUUCUUCGAUUCAUCCGUCCUCCUGCGGGCUCACCCCUCCUCGUAUCCCUCCGCGGUGGAACCGUCCGAACCCUCCCGGCCGCUUCCGCCGCCGACUCAGCAACAGCAGCAACCUUUGGAGGCUGCGGGGUUCAGGUGGACGUGCAACACCUGCGCCGCCGAGUUCGAGUCUCUGCAGGAGCAGCGCGAGCACUUCAAGUCCGACCUCCACCGCCUAAACGUUAAGCUGAGCAUUGCUGGUAAAACUCUUAUCAAGGAAGAGGACUUAGACAAAGCAGAUUCUGAUUCUCUGUUUGAUGAUUUGGAGAUAUCUAGUGUUUCUGGUUCGGAGGAUGAACUUGAAAUUGGACCUGCAUCAGAUCGUGUCCUCUCAGUUAAAGGCAGGGAAGAAUUCAGGAAGAAAUUUUAUUUUCACCACCAGUCGAGUGACAAGGUUUCUAUUUGGAGAUGCAUACUGUUGAAAGAACAUGAAGAACCAUUCUUUGAUUGCAAAUCUGGCCAGAUGGAAAGUACAUCUUGUGUACCGGAGGAUGAGAUGAUAAAUAGAGUGAAGCGCUUGACUUGUGAACCUCGUGAUGCUUCACAUUUGAGGAUCGUUCUACUAACAAGUGGUGGACAUUUUGCUGGAUGUGUUUUUGAUGGUAAUUCCAUCGUAGCGCAUAAAACAUUUCAUAGAUAUGUCGUAAGAGCAAAGGCUGGAAAGAGGCAAUCUGGAAAAGAUGCUACCGGAAAAGUUGCACACUCGGCAGGCUCUUCUCUUCGCCGCUAUAAUGAAGCUGCACUGAAAAAGGAAGUUCAAGAAUUGAUACUUUCUUGGAAGUCAUACUUUGACAUCUGUGUUUGUGCCUUUAUAUAUGCUCCAUCGAAGAAUCGUCAGAUGCUCUUUGAUGGGGCUAAGACUCAGUCAGUACUGCAAACUUGUGAUAUUCGCCCUGUCCCAUUAACUGUUCAUCGGCCCACCUUGAAAGAAGCAAAACGGGUAUAUAGUAGCUUAACGCAGCUCUAUUAUGAGAUGGAAUGUUCAAUUACAGAUGAAGUGUUACCACAUGUGGAAAGCAUGGCGGGUCCUAAACAGAGUCAAGAAAAGAAGAAGGAAGUGGUUAUGGAUUCCAAGGAGUCUAUUUCUAAUUUGUCCAUCAGUUUGGAGUCGUUGAAUAAGAAUGAAGCCACAACCGUACCAUCAUCUAAGAAUGAAACAACACCUCUUCAUGAGGCAGCAAAGUCUGGCAAUGUUCAGCUAAUUCUUGAGUUACUUGAGCAGGGUUUGGAUCCUUGCAUCAAAGACGCCAGAGGAAAGACACCGUACAUGCUGGCUCCAGAUAAGGAAACUAGAAAUACAUUCAGAAGAUUUAUGGCGCUCAACCUUGACAAAUGGGAUUGGCAUGCUGCAGAUGUGCCUAGUGCACUAACAAAGGAAAUGGAAGAAUCACAAGCAGCAAAGCAGGCAGAGAAGGAUGCCAAGAAGAAAGCGCGUGCGAAGGAAUUGAAGAAAUUAAAGAAAGCAAAAGAAAAGGAGAAGGAGAAGGAAAAGGAAAAGGCAAACGCUCAAGCAUCACAAUCACAAACUGAUGUUAGAGGCACUUCAACAGCCCAGAUGGCCAACAGAACUGCUUCUGUGCCAGGCCUGAAACCAAAGCAUCAGUCGCCGCAGCUUAUCCUUAUUGCAAAAGAGGAGGAACGGCAAAGGAAACUAGCCGAAGAAAGAGAGAUGAGAGCAGCGGCAGCAGAGAGAAGACUUGCGGCUCUCGCAGCUCAGUCAACUGGGACAUCAGGUGCCGCAGCAGCAGACUGUUCCACACAGAGAGCAGCAGCAGACGGGGAUACUUGUUCGUGCUGUUUUUCUUCCUUGGCUGGCAAAGUACCAUUCCACAGAUACAACUACAAAUAUUGCAGCACUACGUGUAUGCAUCUUCAUUCAGAAAUGCUGGAAGAUGAUUGAGAAAAUUACACAAGUUUUCUCCGUACGGGAGAGAGUGACGACAAGGGAGUUGGAGAGUCCUUACAUACUCCAUACUACAUGCGUCCCCCCCCCCCCCCUGAUGUUUUGGAAGAAGGAAUUUGUUCGUAUUUGUUUGAUGUUAUGAGAUUUUGACAUAACAACAUGGGCCUAUUU